AUGAAGGUCACUGCUCUCCUCAGCGUUGCCGCCUUGGUCGUGGCCCCCGUUGUUGCCCAGUCGAGUGCUCCAAACGGCAUCAUCAGCACCACCCGAGCUGGUGGCGCAUCAGUCACCGGCGGUGCAUCGGGCAGUGCCAGUGCCUCGGCCAGUGCCAGUGCAUCAGCCAGCAGUCUCAUCUCGUCAGCCGUUGCCAGCGCUUCAUCCAGGGCCAGCGCAUCUGUCUCCGGCAGCAACACCUCUCGUGCCUCUGGUUCCGCUUCUGCCUCUUCUCAAGCAGUAAUCCCUUCCGCCAGUAGCCGUGCCCUCACCCCCAGUGGCUCCGCUGCCUCCUCUGCCGCGUCUAGGGCUACUGCUGCCGCUUCUUCUGCCGCUUCUGCCGCCUCAUCGGCUGUUUCCAGAGCCACUGCUGCGGCCUCCUCUGUCGCCUCUGCAGCUUCGUCUGCCGCUUCCGCUGCCGCCACUUCCACUGCCAGGGCUGCCGCUCCCACCAUGGAUGCCCAGCGAUACGGCGUCAUGGGUCUCGCCGCCGUUGCCGCCGCCAUGGCCCUGUAA